AAAACAAGAACAACAACUGCCAGCGGAGGCAGAAAAUUUCUUCAAUCGCCGCGAAGAUUUCACAGCGUUUGGGCGUGUUUUUUCCGUUCCUGCCUCAGCGAAUUCCCACAUAUGCGGGCCGAAUUAAUUCAUAAAUAACAUACCGAACGAACAGGAAGAACGCCGUCACGGUUCUGCUUUCAAUUAAGAACAUUGAUUGAACAACUUUCGCGAUAAAUCAAACUCCACUUCAAAUUCGCAUCUCUCUCUACGCGCUUGAGCGUGUUUGUGUGUGUGGGCAGCAUUUGUAUUAGUGCGUGAGCAAAUUAUUGUAUAAUCGCCAAAAAAAACAAUAAAAGCAAAACGCCAACGCGAAAACCAAAGGCAAUACAAUUAGAAAAACAAACUGAACUUGGUGUGUCGAACUAAAAAUUGCCAAAAAACUGCUGAGUACAAAAAUACACGAAAUAUUCAAAAACAGGCUGACCUACCGAAUUAAAUGAUUACCCCAAAGUCAUAAAAGUACACAGCUGCCACCAAAGGAAAACCAGUUGAGAGCCACUGGAACCAGCUGAUAGCUGCUCCAGAAAAACCCUCUGCACCAAGCGCAAACCCAUCAAGCUGCUGGAUUCAUCGAUCACCAGUAACCAGUAACCAGUAACCAGCAGCCAGCAGCCAGUAGAGCAUUCAGCACCAUGCAGGCCAUCAAGUGUGUGGUUGUGGGCGACGGAGCGGUGGGUAAGACCUGCCUGCUGAUCAGCUAUACGACCAACGCCUUCCCGGGCGAGUACAUACCCACGGUGUUCGACAACUACUCGGCGAAUGUGAUGGUGGAUGCCAAGCCCAUCAAUUUGGGCCUCUGGGAUACGGCUGGUCAGGAGGACUACGAUCGGCUGCGGCCGCUAUCCUAUCCGCAAACGGAUGUGUUCCUCAUCUGUUUCUCCCUGGUCAAUCCCGCAUCGUUUGAGAAUGUGCGUGCCAAGUGGUUUCCGGAGGUGCGUCAUCACUGCCCCAGUGUGCCCAUCAUCCUGGUUGGCACCAAACUGGAUCUGCGCGACGAUAAGCAGACCAUCGAAAAGCUGAAGGACAAGAAGCUAACGCCGAUCACCUAUCCGCAGGGACUGGCGAUGGCCAAGGAAAUAGCCGCGGUCAAGUAUCUGGAGUGCUCGGCCCUCACCCAAAAGGGUCUGAAGACGGUCUUCGACGAGGCCAUACGAUCUGUGCUAUGUCCCGUGGUUCGCGGGCCCAAGCGACACAAGUGCGCCCUGCUCUAGGAACUUUGAACCCACCCGAAAAAAACAAAAACAAAAAGAGCGAAGAACUCUAAAAAAAACGAGAACAAAGGGCAAAAUUGUGUGCAAAAUAUUCAUAUUCGCUUUGUUGGAUCUUUGUUGUAACUACAGCAGAUAGUGUGAGUGUGAGUGUGCCUGCGAGUGUGAGUGCGAGUGUGAGUGCGUCUCUGGCUGGCGAGUGUGACGGCAUGAGUGUGUGAAUGAGUGAGCGUAGUUUUGUUUUUAUUGUCAGCUUUAUGUGGGGGAGCAGCAGCCACAACAAAAACAACAGCAACAACCACAGCUAUCAGCAAGGGGGCCACACGGAAUGGGGGCGGGGUUCUCUGGGGGGCAGAUCGCAGAUAGAAAGAUAUACAUGAACAUACAAGUAUGAUAUUGUGCGUACACGGCAAAAUAAAUGUGGAGGAAGUCGUAGAACUUAUUGGAUGUAAUAUUGCUCAACACUUAGCAUAUAUUUUAGUGGGUUUCUCUUACUGCCACAACAAUUUCUACUUUGCCCCAGAUUACAUGUUGAAAUUUUUCUGUUCUGAGUUAUUGUUUCGUAGCAUUUUUAGUGACUAACUUUUUGUAGUAUUUAGAUUACAGUACAGCUCAUGACCUAUAAGAACUGACACUUGAAAAAUGUAUUCGAUUAAACAAUAUUAAAAGAAGAGGUACUUUAAAAUAAAGAAAAUUUAAUUUUCGCAAGUAUGGGGCUUAGAAGCUUAACUAUACUAAUUGAUGUAGAAAACCAGAGCCGCAGAUGAAAAAGCUAGUUGAAGAUCAUAAAAUGUCAUAAACAGCCGCACAUUAUUGUUUGCCAAAUAAAUUCGGUCCGAGAAACGUAUGACAAAUGAAAUAAAAUUAAUUGUAAAUAAAUCUAGACGAUUUAAGGCCUUUAGCACCCCAAACACAGUCACUAUAACAAGAACCAGAUAGCUGUUAUCUUGGUUGGGGGUAAAACCACAGGAAAGGCCCCGCCGAUGGGCAAUAUCUGAACAAUUGCGGAAUGUGAGAAGCCGACAAAAACUUUCAUUUAUAUCUAAAAUAGAAGUAUUUAGAGUUACGAGUGAAUGUGUGUCUGAUCAAUGGUCUUCCCGCUAAAUGCAUUUGCCUGGACUUGAUUUAAUGUAUACUAAAUGCACAAUUAGCCUCGACUUUGUUAAUUUAUACACUGAUAUUUAUGUUAAAAAAAUGCAUAUACUUUGCCAUUUUGUUUUUAACAAAAGAGAGCGGAAAUACAGAAAAAAAACUUUAUUUAUAUUAACACAUAAUUUACCAAUAAAGAGUGUAAUAUUAAUCAACCGAAAUAAACGUUUGUAUAAAGCUAAA